UUUCAGAAGUAAAGGCCGAGCUAUGAUAGCAACUGGUGGAGUGAUAACCGGCCUGGCUGCCUUGAAAAGGCAAGACUCCGCCAGGUCACAGCAUCAUGUCAACCUCAGCCCGUCGCCUGCUGCCCAAGAGAAGAAACCAGUCAGGCGUCGGCCCCGAGCUGAUGUCGUGGUUGUUCGUGGCAAAAUCCGGCUUUAUUCCCCAUCUGGUUUUUUCCUUAUUUUAGGAGUGCUUAUCUCCAUUAUAGGAAUUGCAAUGGCCGUCCUUGGAUAUUGGCCCCAAAAAGAACAUUUUAUCGAUGCUGAAACCACAUUGUCAACAAACGAAACUCAGGUCAUUCGAAACCAAGGCGGUGUGGUAGUUCGCUUCUUUGAGCAGCACUUACAUUCUGAUAAAAUGAAAAUGCUUGGCCCUUUCACAAUGGGGAUUGGUAUUUUCAUUUUCAUUUGUGCUAAUGCCAUUCUUCAUGAGAACCGUGACAAAGAAACCAAAAUCAUACACAUGAGGGAUAUCUAUUCCACAGUCAUUGACAUCCACACGCUGAGAGUCAAGGAGCAAAAGCACAUGAAUGGCGUUUACACUGGUCUGAUGGGAGAGACAGAAGUGAAACAGAACGGGAGCUCCUGUGCCUCGAGAUUGCCAGCAAACACGAUCGCCUCGUUCCCGGGUUUUCGGAGCAGUUUUCGAAUGGACAGCUCUGUGGAGGAGGAUGAACUUAUGCUAAAUGAAAGCAAGAGUCUGGGGCAUCUGAUGCCCCCUCUGCUGUCUGACAGUGCUGUCUCUGUCUUCGGCCUCUAUCCACCUCCUUCCAUGACAGCCGAUGAUAAGACCAGCAGCUCUAAGAAAUGUGAAACCAAGUCCAUUGUGUCCUCAUCCAUCAGUGCUUUUACAUUGCCUGUGAUCAAACUUAAUAACUGUGUUAUUGAUGAGCCCAGUAUAGAUAACAUCACUGAAGAUGCUGAUAACCUCAGAAAUAGGUCAAGGAAUUUGUCAGUGGAUUCCCUUGUAGUCCCUGUGCCCAACACCAGUGAAUAUUUCCAGCCAGGCAGUGCAGUGCUCCCAAGGAAUAAUUCCAUUGGGGAAUCCUUGUCCAGUCAGUACAAGUCCUCUGUGGCCCUUGGACCUGGGGCUGGACAGCUCUUGUCUCCUGGGGCUGCUAGAAGACAGUUUGGGUCCAAUACAUCCUUGCAUUUGCUCUCAUCACACUCAAAAUCCUUAGACUUAGACCGGGGUCCCUCCACUCUGACUGUUCAGGCAGAACAACGGAAACAUCCAAGUUGGCCUCGGUUGGAUCGAAGCAACAGCAAAGGAUAUAUGAAAUUAGAGAACAAAGAGGACCCAAUGGAUAGGUUGCUCGUGCCCCAAGCUGCAAUCAAAAAAGACUUUACCAAUAAGGAGAAGCUUCUUAUGAUUUCAAGGUCUCAUAAUAAUUUGAGUUUUGAACAUGAUGAGUUUUUGAGUAACAACCUAAAGCGGGGAACUUCUGAAACAAGGUUUUAAUGUUAGAAAAGAUAUCAUUUUACAAGGGUAUAUAUUUUAAAACUAUUUUCACUGGUAUUUCCUUCUUAAAGCAUUGAUUGUAAGCCUUUUUAAUCAAAUGGUCUGUAGCGUAUUAGAACUGGCUGCUUAAUUCUGGAAUGGAGAUGGUUGUAUGUUUGGUUUAUUUAUGACUGCAGUACUCUGUAUUAUCACAUAUGACUUUAUUUUUCCAUUUAUUUGAAAGCAUGGUCUCUUUUUUUAAUAUGAAUACAAAAUAAUACUUGCACCCAAACUAAAACUCCUUUUCUUUAAAGUUUCUUCACUGAUCGUCAUAUUCAUAGAAUGAAGAGUCCAGUAUGGAAAACAUAGGGUACCAAAGUGUAGACUCUAAGUACCAAAUUCAGGCCCAACACUCAAUAGAAAUUUAUAAAUGAUUGUGAGUGCAAAUCUUAGAAUGUGAUUUCCUGAAUAAUUGCUUUUGUAAAGGAUUGGUUAAAUUAUUUAAACGGAAAAAGACCUAGUUUCUGUGUGAGCUCAGUAUUAUAAGUUGGUUAAGUUGGCUGUGAAUCUUAACCUGAGCUUUAGGUAGGUAGUAUUUUUUUCAACAUCAGUUCUGUUUUAGUGAUAUUUUAUCAAGAAACCAUGUAUUCAGGAGCCAUGGCUGAGAAUGCUAGAUAUACUUAGAGAUAAAUAUCAAAAUGCUAUUAGCUGUAACUUUAGAUAUUAAGAAUCAAAACUUCUUUACAAAAUGACUUGAAAAAUGAAUGAGCCAAUACAUUUUGUAGAAAUGCUAUCUUGAAAUAAUUAUGUACAUGAAGAAAAUGUUGACUAAUGAAUGAAGAUACGUAACAUGAUAGUUAAUGCUAACUAGUCUCAGUACCCUUUUCUAGCCAUGUGUUAUCAUCCAAUACCCAUUCAUUUCCACAUUCUUCUUUCCCCCUAAUAUUUUUUCAGAUCCUGUUAUUUGGAAAAUAAUCAGCUAACCUUGACAUUUCUUUUAUCUUCACAUACCACCGGCUUGAUGGUUCAAGAAAAUUUAGUCCUUGAUAAAUUGCCUUGAAAUUUACCUUGUGCUGGAAAGCCUUAUGAUAACUCCAAAGACCUUCUUGUGUAAUACAUUUUUAGGAUUCUGGUUCUUAGUUAUUGAAGAUAAUAAAUACUGAAAUGGGUGUUUCCAUCAGAAAAUUUUCUUGUUUUCCAUUAAGGUAACAUAAUUUUAAGAAUUGUUUAAUGGAAUACUCAGGAAAUUUUAUAGGUUUUCCCCAAUGUCUAAUCAUUUCUGAACAUCAGUAUUGCAGUUAUGGAAGAGCGGAGGAAGGUACAUUGUGUGCGCAGCUCCCCACAAUUCCACCUUGUAUUUGCAUCACAAGCUUCCUUCAAUUGAGGCAUAGUUUUACUAGUUAGAACAUCAAGCCUGUGUAUUGUAAUAGAGUGGGCUUAAUAUUUUACUAUAAAGCAUUUAAUAAACUUCUGUUCUUAAUAGAA